UUCCUCUUUACCGCCAUUGCUUACCUUCCUACCUAAUUUCUAUACAUCUUGAAGGACCAGCUGAGGUGUGCGGCGUAGAUUCGAACCUUCAAGUAAUCUUCAAUUGCCAACCAACUCCCUUUUCCCAUAAAACACAUUGCACAAUCUCCUUAUCGCAGUUACUUCCGAAUCAGCUCAGGCAUCAUGGCUACCCCUGCUAUCCAAAAGACACCCUUCGAGCACCCUUUGCCAUCAAGCAAACCAGCCGCCCCUGCAGAGCUCACCUCCGAACAGCAGACAAAAUACGAUGAGCUUCUCCAAACCGUAAAGUCGUGGGAAAGCCUCCCUAAAACCUCCGCAAAGGGCGCCGAAACCGCGCCGCUCUCCGACACCGAGAAGCUUUGGUUGACCCGCGAAUGCCUCCUCCGCUACCUCCGAGCUACGAAAUGGCACCUCGCCCAGGCCGAGAAGCGUCUCCAAGACACCCUUGUCUGGAGACGCGAGUAUGGCACUGACACCUUCACGGCCGAUUACAUUUCGGAGGAGAAUGCCACAGGCAAGCAAGUCUUGUUGGGUUUCGAUAAUGAGGGCAGGCCAUGCUUGUACCUGUUGCCAAAUAAGCAGAACACAGCCACCAGUCCAAAGCAGGUGGAACACCUCGUCUUCAUGUUGGAGAGGACUUUGGAUGUGGCUCCACCAGGCCAGGAGAGUUUGGCUCUGCUCAUUGACUUCCGCAACUCAAGUUCUGGAUCAAGCCCCUCCGUCGGUACCGGACGAUCUGUUCUCAAUAUUCUUCAGAAUCAUUACCCUGAGAGGCUGGGAAGGGCUCUCAUCACGCAUUUGCCUUGGUACGUCACCAUCUUUCUGAAGGCCGUCUCACCAUUUAUCGACCCGGUCACCAAGACGAAGAUCAAGUACAAUGAGCCUUUGACCGAUCACGUUCCUGCCAGCCAGCUCAUGAAGAAUUCUGGAGGAGAGGUCGAGUUCGAGUAUGACCACGGUACAUAUUGGCCAGCUCUGGAUGCAUUGGCUGCUGCCAGAAGGCAAGAGAGGAAGUCUAGAUGGGAGGCUGCUGGCAAAUUGAUCGGCGAAAGUGAGGUCUAUCUUUGGGGUGGUGACGAGAAGAGCGUUGGAGCUGCAGGAGGUGACAAGGCUGCGAACGGAGUAGCUGACGGAAUUGCCAAUCUCAAUGUCAACGAUGAUAAGAAGACAGAGAUCCCUAUUGCUGAAAAGUCUAAGGAGGCUGUUGAGCCAGCUGCGCCCGCUGCCGACGAGAUCAGCAAGGCAUGAUCGAGGGGGAGAUGGGAAUCAUGAAGAGAUGUACUAAUUGGUAUCUACUCGCGUUCAAGCGCGUGAUCGUCGUAAUUUCACUCAGAGAUAUCAUCCUUCAGUGAAAGAGACCAAGAACUUCUUCCUAAUAAUCAAACCUGAAGGUUUCCUAAUAGACACAAUAGAAUCAACUAU